UAGCAGUGACAGAGGAGGGAGCAGCAUUAUGACUCAUUUGCAGGCAGGUCUGUCCCCGGAGACGCUGGAGAAAGCCCGGCUGGAGCUGAAUGAGAACCCGGAUACCCUGCACCAGGACAUCCAGGAGGUGCGGGACAUGGUGAUCACUCGGCCGGACAUUGGCUUCCUCCGCACAGAUGAUGCCUUCAUUCUGCGUUUCUUGAGAGCCAGGAAAUUUCAGCACUUCGAGGCAUUCCGUCUGCUGGCCCAGUACUUUGAGUACCGGCAGCAGAACCUGGACAUGUUCAAGAGCUUCAAGGCCACUGACCCCGGCAUCAAGCAGGCGCUGAAGGACGGCUUCCCUGGCGGGCUGGCUAACCUUGACCACUACGGAAGGAAGAUCUUGGUCCUGUUCGCUGCCAACUGGGACCAGAGCAGGUACACACUGGUGGAUAUUUUGCGUGCCAUACUUCUUUCUUUAGAAGCCAUGAUUGAAGAUCCUGAACUUCAAGUGAAUGGAUUUGUUUUGAUUAUAGACUGGAGCAACUUCACCUUCAAGCAGGCCUCCAAACUCACACCAAGCAUGCUGAGAUUAGCCAUAGAGGGCCUUCAGGACAGUUUUCCAGCUCGGUUUGGAGGAAUUCAUUUUGUCAAUCAACCAUGGUAUAUCCAUGCCCUCUACACAGUUAUACGGCCCUUUUUAAAGGAGAAGACGCGGAAGAGGAUAUUUCUGCAUGGUAAUAAUCUCAACAGUCUGCAUCAGCUAAUUCAUCCUGAGAUCCUACCUUCUGAGUUUGGAGGGAUGCUGCCACCCUAUGACAUGGGCACAUGGGCGAGAACUCUGCUAGACCACGAGUAUGAUGAUGACAGCGAAUACAGUGUGGACUCCUACAGCACUCCUGCAAAAGAACUAGAAAAGGAUCUCUCUCCCAAAUCCAUGAAGAGAUCUCAGUCAGUCGUGGAUCCCGGGGUGCAAAAACGCCUGGAUAAAAACGAGGAGGAAAACAUGCAGCCUCUGCUUUCACUGGACUAACAGUUUCUGAGCAUCAAAUGUGAAGUGGGGUGGAAGGUACUGCUUUUCAGCAGCAAGCAAACCGUUGGAAAGGCAUGUACCAGCUGAAAUUCUAUUUAUUCAUGUUAAUGUAGCAUAAUGUAAUCAGGCAGCAAGUUAUGCUAGUCUGCCUGAAACAUGGGUGCCCUGGGUUGAAAAAAAAAUCAAUUUAUUCUGUAAGUGCCAACUUGUUUGUAAAUAUAAUGUAAUCUUCCACUUUGAAUUUGUAAGUUAUGGUAGAGAAGUAAUAUGGAAAAGUGAUUAUUAAAAUUUGUCUGUGAAAAGCACUGUAAAAAGGGAACGCACACACACACAAACAUUGUUAAUUAAGUUUUGUCCUGUCUAUAGGAAGUUGUCUUGCAGCUAUCAUAUUGACUACUUUUUUUCCCCUGUCAUGCUCAUGCAGCAUUCAAAGAUAGAGCGAAUAUAAGAACUUGGCAAUAAGGAAAACCACACUGGUUACAACACUAUCUACAGGAAUUAAUUUCACCAAUAACCUUGUGGUUUUGGGUGGUGACUUGGGAUAAGUCAUGCAUUAUAGGGGAAAAGAGGUAACAGAUGAGCAGGGAACAAAUGCCUGUAUGGAUUUGUGAGCUUUCGUUCUGCUGAGUUUUAAGAGAAGUUUCGGGGUUUGGAAGCUGCUUGGCUUAUUCGCCUAAUUUGAGCCUUUCAGUGUGUGCCAUAUUAAUCCUUCUGUUGCAUAUUGUGUUCACUUCAAGAAUUUUUCCAGAACAUUCUCUCUUUGGAGUGAAAAAAAUAUUCAUCCCAAUGCAGUGUAAUAACUAGUAUUUUGAACUGCAGCUGUAGGCUCAGGGUUAAUUAUGAAAUCCUGUGCACUCGGUGACUGAAUACAUAUAUAUUUUUACCAAUCUCUAACAAACAUAUAAAGUGGCAUUGUUAGACAAGUAUAUUUAAUCAAGGGUUUAUAAAAAUAAAUCAUACCUAUUCAAUGUACUUAGAGAUAUUAUAGAUUGUAUAUUGAGACAAUGUGACAUUAACAUAUUAGAACUUUAUGUACAGCAUCCAACAUCAAGCACGGACUAAUAUGAAUGAGGCAUAGUCAAGCCACUCAGCAUAGACAUUAAAGACAUUUCUGUUUCGGUUGUGGUGUAAUUGUAUAUAUUAAACAUGUGCCAUAUUACAGAAAUACUCUUACCUCAUAAGAGCAACCAGUUUCACUAUGGACUGAAUCGAGUCACCUGAAAUUUGGGGGCUAUACGUUCAUGUCUAUUGUGCUGAUAUUAAUAUGCAUCAAGAUAAGAAUGUGCCCCUGAAAUUGACCAGACAUCUUCAUCGGAAUUAAAACUGCACUCAGACAAGGAUGGGAAGACCCAGGAAAGCCAAGACAAUACUGCUGAAUUGUAGAAGUACUGUAGGAACAUAUCAGAAUCAGUUAAGGUAUUCUUACUUGAUCCCUAACAGCUGGGAAGAACCUUGGGAUCCCCUAGAAACAGCAAUAUUUAGGUGUCUGUGAUUCAAGUAAGAUCUUCCCUACAGCAAUGAUGACUUUUCUUAUUUAAAAUGCAAAGAUAUUAUUCACAGGUCACUAAUCAUUUCCAGUGGUGGCUUUAGAGCAAAGAAUUAAUAUAGAAUUUCAAGUAAGAAAUCCCACAGGAGAACUGUAUCUUUCAGCAUUAAGCUAUAAAGAUACAUGAAUGUUGGUAUUGUCAGAAAUUCAUCCUGCCCCUUCCACAAUGGUAUCCUCUCUUUUUAUCCAGAAACCACCAUAAGUCACCUGACUAGUACAAGCAAAACAGAGAUACAGCUUUAGUACGUACUUAUUGAUUGAUUAGUAAGAUUGCUAAGAGGUAUGUGUCUGCACUUAAUGCCUCAACAUGUGAUUAUAUUCCAGGAAUCUCUUCGAACAAAUUAUUGUAUUUCUAUGCACAAACUAUACCCUGAAAAUAUAGUUAUGAAAUGAACAAAAUACGGAACCUGAAUUUAAAAAUGUUGAGCCCUGAUAGUUCCAACAGAAGUUUGAAAUCCACCAUCUCCCAGAUUUUAAAGAAACUUCCUUUUGAAUGGUAGAAACAACUGUAUCUAUUACUAUUGUUACCCUUUUAACAGACUAUAGAACCAAGUUAUGAAUUUUGUGCAAUUACCCUAUCACAACCAGUGUAACACCAUGCUAUAUAUCCAGCUUACACUCCGAGGGCUCAUAAAGAUGUCAUAUUUGGAUGUAUGCUGUACUUACCUGACAUUCAUAUGGAUAGCAAGAUCAUAUGUUCACAUAAAUCCUGAUCUUGAAAUUCUCACUCAGGCAAAAUUCUCACAAUAGAUGUUUUUCCUGCACAUGGGUUUCAAGGUUUUGCCCAGAGUUAAUGUUCCUUGUCUAGGCCUAACUAAAGAUAGGGAUGGUCCAAAUCUUGGUUGAAGCUUUGUGGAGACAAGGCCAGAUCCUGGUGUAAGUCAGCAUAAAUCUAUUUUAAUUAGUUUGAUUUUAAACUACACCAGCUGAAGUGCAGGCCCACUAGAUUCUGUUAAAUCUAGGAAUGAGAUCAGUUGCCUCUUAAAUCUUUAUGAAGCUUCAUGGUAGAAAAAUAUGUAACUUUAUGAAACUUCUAUAUACCAGCUGGCUAAUUUGUUUUUUGUUUUUAAUUCUUUACAGGAUGCACUUAGCUGCAAUUUAUGUAAUGUGGUCUGAUGCCUAAUCUAGUCCUUACUUUAUAGAUUCUUUCCAAAAAGUGAAACUAGGAUAUAGUAGAAUGUUUACAUACUGGAGAACUCAUCCUUUUACCAAGAACAAAGCUAACUUUUCCACGAAAGAGUCUCAUUACUGAAGAAUUGAGCUUCAGUGCAUUUUGUUUGGUGUUUAUGUCUAGCAGAAGCAGUUUCAUGUUGCAGCAGCAAUUCCUCACACUGGAUAAGAAUCUGAGAGUGAAUAAGAAAAAAACCAUUGUUGCACAAAGCUUUUCACUUAACUUGUCAGCCUCUACAGAGAAGGAGUUUCUAGCUUCUGCUUCUUGUAGAAAAUAUUCUCUAGCAAAAGGAAAGCCAUUUUUGUCUAAAAAUAGGGUUAAUUUUCAGUCCAUUUUGCAGUCCAAAUUUCAGUUACCUUCAUUAUUAUGAUUCGUUUUUCUACUGUACCAUUGAGUUGUAUAACUUCAGACAUAGGUUGGAAUCUUGUGUUCCUGUUUGUUUGUUUGGGCAGUAUUAACCCUUUAGUAUUCAAGUUCUGUGUUAUUUUACUUAAAUGUCAGGAAAAAAAAAGAAAUAUUUCCUGGAAAAGGAAUAGAUAGCAGUCUUAAAUGCAGCUGACCAGGUGUUUAAGUGAAGAAGACAUAUGGUUUAAAAAUGAUAGUAACAGGUCGUAAGCAGGCUCUAAUAAUUCCCUUUAAACUAUGUCUCUGUGUGUAAAACUGAUGUUUGUAAAGUAUUGAGAAUUCAUGGAACCUUUUGUGCUCAAAAGGCCUAAGCCAGUA